AUGGGCAGUCCUCCCAUGGGAACGAUGGCAAGUGGCCAACCAAUUCUCGAACUGCACAUACCAUCAGCUAUUCACCCAAUACCCCGAUGCUCCCAAUGGAUUCUCGGCCGUAGUGUGGGAAAAUGGGAAACCUCUCAUGCGUCCGAGACCACUCGCAGAGAGCGCGAAGAGAUUUUUGAAGAAGCCACCGCUCCUUUCUUCGUCAAUUUCUGCCAGGCGUACGAUCCUCAGUACAAUUCCAGCAUAGGCACUCUGUAUGAGUCUAUCAACAUUGCGUACGUUGUCAUUCAACUCACCAAUAUGCUCGAUGCUCUUACAAGAAGCCCUUUCAGUGAUGUCGCAACCUGCACUGUCGAGACCACCGAGAAACUCCAAUAUCUGCCGCCGGCCAUGUUCAUCUACAGCGGAUCCUACGAAUGUAACAGCAAAACCUGGUCCUUCGUCGGAGUCGGGCUUUCCAUCCUCAUCGAGCUCGUCCGCACGGCCGUCAAGAUGUGGCUGAGCAAGACGUACGCGACGUCCGGGUUCAGCUGGCUCAUGCUUCUCGUCCGCUUGGCUUCCGGCUCGGGUGAGCCCAUCGUCUCAUCCGUGGUUCUUCAGAGAAGCAGCUUUGAUGGUACCUCUGCCUUCUUGAUCGGAGCCAUGGAGCUGUUGCAACCGACUGCGGCACCGUUGAUUGCCGGUGUCGCUGGCUGGUACAUCAGCAAGGGAGAGGGCUUUCAGGUUCUCACAACAGACGCCGUCAUUUCUUUGUUGGGUCUUUUCCUAGCCGCGCCUCAUAUUGCACUUACAAACUCAAUGCCGGCUUCCAACUCCGGAUAUAACCUGCGACUGGUUCCCCUAGGAUUCACACUCGCCACCGGGCCUUGGGCGCCCGCGUAUGGCACCGGGGGCACCUCCAGCUUAGCCUUCCAGUUCUGUUUCGUCCUCGCCAUCAUCUUCAAGUCCGGCAAACUGGCAGAAUUCGCCAGCAUCAACCUCGUCAUCCUCAUCGGCUUGAUCGCUUUCGUGGCCUUGACGCCAAUCUGGGUUCUCUGGGAACUCGUCUGGAAGCUCGUCCACACAAGGCGACAGAAGAAGUUAGAAUGGCAAGCGAACAAGGAGGACAAAGAGCGAGAACUAAAGAACGUGUUUCCUCUGGCUUGGUACUUCAAGGUCAAGUUCCAGACUACGAGCUCGUGGAAAAAAGGGCUUGCAAUAUUCGUGUUUUGGUUUUUCAUCUUGUUGAGUUUUGUGAGCUUUGUGGGCAAGUGGAUGGUUAUGGUGAACCUUCUGGGGGCUGCGGGAGACGCGUAUUGUCCGAGUCAUUUUGCGGAGGUGACAUUUGCUGGGCUGGGAGUCAAGGUUGGAGUGUUGGCCAUUGGUGUGGCUUUGCAGUAUUUUGGUCUUACGGCCUAA